AUGCAAUCUACCGAGUCGUUCCAUGCGUUACCCACUCGGUCUGAUGUUGAGGACCCCAACGAGAGACGCAAGAUUCAAAACAGGAUUGCUCAAAAGAAACAUAGACAAAAGAUGAAGCGGCGAAUUGAAGAGCUUGAGACCAAAGUCAACAACCAAUGCCAAACGUCGAAUUGGACCAGCCACGCACCCACAGAUUCCUGCCAAGAGCAGCAAUUCCUUGACAAUACAGACUUUGGACUGAUGCUAGAGGAUGAUUUGCUAUACCGUGAACUUUCCGCCAGCCUCGACGGUGCGGGAUUAACCGCUGUGGCCCAAAUGCAUGAUUCUCCACGACCGAAUCAGCAGCAAAGACUUUCGGUUUCGGGCAUGCCUAGCAGCCCGACCUCCACCAGCAACGUUGCACAGCGAGGCCUUUCUAUCGGCGAUCAUAGCUCAGCUUCCAACCAUUUAAGCUCUUUAUCUUUAGUUCCUGGAUCGACAGAAGGGAGUCUUCCAACUCGACAGCACGAUAAUCUGUGCAACCAAGACCUCCGCGACAUGGUGCCCGAGGAGAAAAUGAGUCGUAUUCUCAAGGUUAUUCAGGAUGCGGGUUACAAAGACAUGGAUUCAUUCAUGACUGAGUAUUAUGUGAGGGAUUUCGAUGCUUCGUCACACGUCAGCGCCGUCCAAAGGCAGAGUCGAAGUCGGCGGUUGAGAGGCUUCUUGGAGCAGCUACGAGUCGGUGCAGAAAGCUGGUCUGACUAUGAAGCACAUGAUUACCAACAAGAGAUAUCUAAAUCAGCCGAAGCCAUCUACGCCAAAGAACUCGAUGUCUUUAGCACCACCACUCUCGGAGAAAAUGCUUCUUUCCAAGGACUGGCCAGUUUGUAUCGAGUGCUGCAGAGCACCGUAGGGUCGGAUAUUGAGAACCAUCUCCGACACGAACAGUCGAUGAUGCAGAGACAGGUUAGUGAGAUAGUUCACCGCCAAGUAUAUACCUUCAAUCCAGCUCAAUGCUAA